ACACAACACAAAAAAGCGAACGCGCUUCGUCUUCUACUGAGAGAAACGACUCAGGAAAUCCCUAAAUUGGCAAAACAUAAAUGGCUAACACGGAAGUGGACGCGUUGGACUUUGAAGACGAUGACUUGAUGGACGAGGACGGCGCCGUCGACCUCGACGCUUCCUCUUCUCCUCGUGCUGCCGCCCCUCAGCCCAAGCUCAAGUCUGCCAUCACCGGUGCCGCCCCUAAGAAGACCAAAGGCCGCGGAUUCCUUGAAGAAGCCGAUUCCGAACGUCAUAUCCGCCUCGCUGAUCGUAACUUUGACUCCCUUGGCUCGGAUGGUGGGCCCGGCCCCCAACGAUCCAUUGAAGGAUGGAUCAUUUUGGUGACUGGGGUACAUGAGGAGGCACAGGAGGAUGAUUUGCAAAAUGCUUUUGGUGAGUUUGGGGAGAUCAAAAACUUGCAUUUAAAUCUUGAUCGCCGUACUGGUUUUGUGAAGGGAUAUGCACUGAUUGAAUAUGAGAAUUUCGAGGAAGCUCAAAAUGCUAUAACUGCAAUGAAUGGAACUGAACUUCUCACGCAGACUGUUAAUGUCGACUGGGCUUUCAGCAAUGGACCUAGCACUGGACCCUUCAAAAGAAAGAAUAUGAGAUCUGCACGGACACAUCGCUCAAGGAGUCCUAGGAGGAGAUAUUGAUCUUUUUUCAUGGCCGGAUGUGAGUGCAAGAUGGGUUUUGGAACUGAUAUUUUUUUCUUUUUACGGGAGAGGUUUAAGUUGAUGCUUAUGAUUUCAUUUUAUCCAAUUGUGUUUGUGGAAAGUGUCUCACACCUCCAGCCAUUUCCGUAUUAUUGUGUUGUAUUAUGUGAUGGUUUAUCCUGAAUUUACAUUAAUGUAGUAGUGAUUAGUUUUAUUUGAUAA